CUACAAAAGACAAAACAAAAGUUAGUAAGAAACAAAAAAGAACAAAGCCUAAAAAAGACACCAAAAACAAAAACUCUAAUGACGACACCAAAAGCGAUGACUCCAACGAUGAUAGUCCAAAAGAGCAACGAAACACCGAAAGCUAA